AUGUGGCCCCCAGACCCGGAGCCCGACCCGGACCCCGAGCCCGCGGGCCGCUCCCAGCCCAGCGCGGCCCUUCCCGGGCUCCGCGCCCUCCUGCCGGCGCGCGACUUCCUCUGCUCGCUCAAAGGCCGCCUCCUGCUGGCGGAGACGGGUCUCUCGUUCAUCAUCUUCGUCUGCUAUGUGGCGUCCUCAGCAUCUGCCUUCCUCACGGCGCCCCUGCUGGAGUUCCUGCUGGCCCUCUGCUUCCUCUUUGCUGAUGCCAUGCAGCUGAACGACAAGUGGCAGGGCUUGUGCUGGCCCAUGAUGGACUUCCUUCGCUGUGUCACAGCGGCCCUCAUCUAUUUCGCCAUCUCCAUCACAGCCGUGGCCAAAUACCCAGAUGGGGCUUCCAAAGCAGCCGGGGUGUUUGGAUUCUUUGCCACCAUCGUGUUUGCCAUUGACUUCUACCUGAUCUUUAACGACGUGGCCAAAUUCCUCAAACAAGGGGACUCCGCACACGAGACCACAGCUGACAAGGCAGAAGAAGAGAAUUCCGACUCUGACUCCGACUGA